UUUUUUUUAAUAUUAUUAUAAUUUUUUUAUAUUUUUUUAAAAUGUUUAAAAAUAUUAAAAAAUAAUUUAAAAAAAAAAUUAAAAAGAUAAAAAUUUUUUUUUAUCUGACGGUGACUCCCAGCGGGAGCCACCAACGGUACCUGUAGUACCGUCCUUUUCUUUAAUCACUUUACAGUUUAAAGUGACAUUAUCACUUAGAAUCUGUUCACUUCCGUAUGGGGAUUGCUUGGAAAUGAGUCAUAGCACAUUUCUGCACACUGCCGCCUCCUUUUACUGCACACUCCCCUCAUUCGCUGUACUCAUUCCUCCAAUUUACAGCAAUAAGAAAUGCCUGCUUGCUUCCUCCAUUUAUAUUACUGCUUAUAAAUGGGAAGGCAACAUGGGUGCCAAACGACUGUGAUCAGCUGCGGGAAAUUCUCUUCUCUCUUCGUGGGUUCUUAAACCAACCCUUGCUUUCGUCUUUGAGCCAAAGUAGCCCCCAUUUAUUUCUUUAUUUUCUAUUGGUUUGUGAUCAUGGAGACUACCUCGCAUCACAAUUUCGGACCAGCUUUCAGCGGCACCGUCGGUGAGCACAUACAUCACCGGAGAAUGAUGAUGCACAUGUCCUUCUACUGGGGCCACAAUGCCGUGGUUCUCUUCUCUGGUUGGCCGGGGACGAGCUCGGCGAUGUACUUUCUGGCUUGGGUCUUGGUGUUUCUUCUCGCUGUGCUUCUCGAGUGGCUCUCCCGCCUUAACAUUAUAAAGCCCGGGACGAACAACUUGGCGGAGGGGCUGAUGCAGACGGCGAUGUACACGGUACGCAUCGGUCUGGAGUACGUUGUUAUGCUCGCAGUGAUGUCGUUCAACGUUGGGAUUUUUCUGGCGGCGGUUCUUGGGCGAGCGGUAGGGUUCUUUGUUUUUGGGAGUCGAGCUUUUAAGAAGACCCCUGAAUGUGAGGAUCCGUCACGUACCAGUUGAAGUCGAAGGGGUUUUGAACUUUUGGGUUUGAUCAUUUUACAUCAAUUCCAACUUAUGUUUUACAUUUUUUUUUUUUUUUUUUUUAUAUUUUAGAGAAGUCCGAGAAUUUAUAUUGACCUGGUUUUUCGCAAUGACAUAGAUUUGAUGCACCUUGCUGAUAUAUGUAUGGAGUUUUGUUAAAUAUAAGUGGAGUUUUAUUAAAUAUAAAUAAAUUUACGUAUC